AUGCCAACGAACUGUGCUGCUUUCCAACCGAAAAGGAAGGCCAAUGUCUUACAAGUCAGAGAUGCUCCUUACCCAGUGGCUGGAGAGAACCAAUUAGUUGUUCGCACAGCAGCCAUUGCUAUCAACCCUAUUGAUCAUCUGAUCCAGUCUCGAGGCGACAUCAUGUUCACCCAUAUCAAGUAUCCCUUUGUUUUAGGGAUGGAUGUGAGCGGAGAAGUUGUCUCCGUAGGCAAAGGCGUCACCCGAAUUCGCCCUGGCGAUCGCGUCUUCGGUCUCUGUCGCAGCACAUCAGCUGCUGUGAACGACUCUGCCCAAGGCGCAUUCCAAAGUUAUACUGUCCUACAGGAAGAUCUGGCCUCGAUUAUCACACGUCCAGAGAUAUCAUACCCAGAAGCCUCUGUCUUCCCCUUGGCAAUAUUGACGGCUUCUUCCGCGCUGUUUGAAAAGGCGCAGCUGGGUCUCCAAUUUCCAGAGCAGCCUGCACGGCCAUCUUCUGGCAAGGCAGUCAUCAUAUGGGGCGGAUCUUCCAGUGUUGGGUGCUGCGCUAUCCAGCUUGCUGUCGCCGCCGGGUACGAGGUAUAUACGACCGCUUCAACACACAACCAUGCCUUGAUGCGAAAACUGGGCGCUACACAGGCAUGGAACUACCAGGACGCCGCCGUCGUCCAAUCAAUGGCCAAUGAACUCACCGGGAAAAGCUUGGUCGGGGCAGUAGCCAUUGGCAAAGGAGCUGCGGAAAAGUGUAUGGAGGUCCUGGUCAAGUGCAACGCAGAACGUAAGCACGUGGCUAUGGCUACAUUCCCGGUGCCAGAUCAAGAGCCAGGAUUCUUGCCAGUAUUUCAAAUCAUGGCUUCCUUUGUAGGCUGGACCGUGGCUUAUAAGUUGCGCGGGCUAAUUAACGGAGUAUCGUCAGCUUUCGUCGACAUCGAGCCAACAAUUGGGAAUGGCGUCGCAAAAUAUAUAUUCACGGCGUACUUGCCUAAGGCCCUGGAGUCUGGCAGCAUUAUUCCAGCUCCAGAAGUUCAGAUUAUCGGGGAGAGUUUGGACAAGAUCCAGGAGGCUAUGGAUACUCUUAAAAAGGGAGUUUCUGCCAAAAAGCUGGUUGUUACUCUUUGA